ACCCCAAUAAUAUUCUGAAUUCAUCUAUUCACUUUCUCUAGUUCCCAUGCAUCAUUCAUCCAACAAAAAAAACAUGAAAACACAAAAACCACAUUUUUAUUUUCUUUAUUUCCUGAAAGCAAAAACAUUUUUCUGCAAUAUUUUGUGAGUUUGUGAGUGAGUUGGUAUUUCCAAUGGAGAUUUUUCAUUGCUUGUACUUGAUUUUUGUUUUCUCCUCCAUGUUCAUUUCGUUAGUCUUUGCAAAUGAUCCUUAUUCUCAAGCACUUGUUGGUUUAAAAUCUCACGUCAUUGAUGAUUUCAACAGUCUGGGUGAUUGGUUUGUGCCUUCUGGAGAGAACCCACCUGGGAAAAUCUAUGCUUGUUCAUGGUCUGGAGUUAAAUGCAACAAGAACAACUCCAUUGUUGUUGGUUUAAACCUGUCUACAAAAGGGCUUGCCGGUGAGCUACCAGGGAAAUACUUCAGGGUUUUCAAUGAACUUCUUGAUCUUAAUCUCAGUCAAAACUCUUUCUCUGGUCAAUUUCCUGUUGAAAUAUUCAAUCUUUCUAAUUUGAGAAGCUUGGAUAUCAGUAGAAACAAUUUUUCUGGUCACUUUCCCGGAGGGCUGCACAGUCUUCAAAACCUGGUUGUUCUUGAUGCCUUUAGUAACAGCUUUUCAGGUCCUUUACCUGUUGAAGCUUCUCAGCUUCAGAAUCUCGAGGUUCUGAAUUUAGCUGGGAGUUACUUCAGUGGACCAAUCCCAUUCCAGUAUGGUACCUUCAAGAGCCUGGAGUUUAUUCAUCUAGCUGGAAACUUUCUCAAUGGUAAAAUUCCUCCAGAGCUUGGAAAUCUCAAGACUGUGACUCACAUGGAGAUUGGUUACAACUCUUACCAGGGAAGCAUCCCUUGGCAAUUGGGUAACAUGAGUGAGAUUCAGUAUCUUGAUAUUGCUGGAGCAAAUCUCUCUGGCUCAAUACCAAAACAACUCUCCAAUCUCACCAAACUUGAGUCACUUUUUCUGUUUAAAAACCACUUGACUGGGAAGAUUCCAUGGGAGUUUAGCAACAUGAAGGCUCUCUCUAGCUUGGAUCUUUCUGAUAACCAGCUUUCUGGGCCUAUUCCUGAGAGCUUUGUAGAGUUGAAGAACCUGAGUUUGUUGAGUCUUAUGUACAAUCAAAUGAGUGGCACUGUACCUGAGGGCUUAGCACAACUUCCUGCCCUUGAAAUUCUAUUUAUAUGGAACAAUUUUUUCUCAGGGUCACUUCCUGAGAAUCUUGGCAGAAACUCAAAGCUUAGAUGGGUUGAUGUUUCUACUAACAAUUUUGUUGGUAGCAUUCCACCUGAUAUUUGUUCUGGAGGUGUGUUGUUCAAGUUGAUCCUGUUUUCAAAUAACUUCACUGGCAGUCUUUCACCAUCUCUCUCCAAUUGUUCCUCUCUUGUCAGACUUAGGCUUGAAGACAAUUCAUUCUCAGGUGAAAUCCCUUUGAAAUUCAGCCACUUUCCUGAUAUUUCUUACAUAGACUUGUCUAGGAACAAGUUCACUGGUGGGUUUCCCACUGAUAUAUCUCAAGCUUCAAAGCUUGAGUACUUCAAUGUCUCCAAUAAUCCAGAGCUAGGAGGCAUGAUCCCACCUAAAACUUGGUCUCUGCCACAGCUGCAAAAUGUUUCAGCAUCAGCCUGUAACAUUACAGGCACUCUUCCUCCAUUCAAGUCCUGCAAAGCCCUUACGGUCAUUGAAUUGCAAAUGAACAAAUUAUCAGGAACUAUCCCUGGAAGUAUUUCGAAUUGCCAGGCACUUGAGAGAAUUGAUUUAGCUAACAAUAAGUUGACUGGUGCUAUACCUGAAGGGCUGGCAAAUAUUCCUGAUUUAGGUGUCCUAGACUUGUCACAUAACAAUUUCAGUGGUCCAAUACCGCGAAAUUUUGGCAAUUGUUCAAGCUUGGUUCUCCUAAAUGUAUCUUUCAAUGACAUAUCUGGCUCCAUUCCCUCAGGAAAGGCAUUGAAAUUGAUGGGUAGUAGUGCAUAUGUUGGAAAUCCAAAGCUAUGUGGAGCUCCUUUACAAUCAUGUGCUGCUUCUAUAUUCGGAAGCAAAGGCUCUGGAAAGCUCACACUUGUGCUGCUACUGUGUAUAGGGGUUGUCAUGUUCAUUGCAGCAGCACUUUUUGGGGUAUUUUGGUUCAGGAGAGGAAGCAAAGGCCAGUGGAAAAUGGUCUCAUUUCUUGGACUUCCACGGUUCAAAGCAACCGAUGUCUUGAAGAGCUUCAAUUCUACUGGUGCAGAGGAAGCAAUGCAGCCUCCACAAUCUGGUUCCAUUUGCAAGGUAGUUCUGCCAACAGGGAUCACAGUUUCAGUGAAAACAAUCAAAUGGGGAGCAAAGGGAAUGAAGGUUAUGGAAGAAUUUAUAAUGCGGUUGGGGAAUGCGAGGCACAAGAAUCUGAUUAGAUUGCUUGGUUUUUGCCACAACAAUCAUCAAGCUUAUCUGCUGUAUGACUACUUGCCUAAUGGAAAUUUGUCUGAAAAGAUCAGACUGAAAAAGGAUUGGUCGACCAAGUACAGAAUUGUGAUGGGAAUUGCUAGAGGACUAUGCUUCCUUCACCAUGAUUGUUAUCCUGCUAUUCCUCAUGGAGAUCUCAAGUCAAGUAACAUAGUUUUCGACGAAAAUAUGGAACCCCAUCUAGCUGAAUUUGGCUUCAAACAUCUUACACAACUGGCGAACGGUUCGAUUCCAGCAACAGUUUCCAGGAGAGAAUCAGGUGAAUUCAACAAUGCCAUCAAGGAGGAACUGUACAUGGACAUCUAUGGCUUCGGAGAGAUCAUUCUUGAAAUCUUAUCAAACGGUAGGCUUACAAAUGCUGGAACCAGCAUUCAAAGCAAGCCAAGAGAUGGCCUUUUGAGAGAAAUAUGCAGUGACAAUGAAGUUGGUUUAAGCAGUUCAUUGCAAGAGGAGAUCAAAUUGGUUCUUGAUGUUGCACUUCUUUGCACUAGAACUACUCCCUGUGAUCGCCCUUCCAUGGACGACGCCUUGAAGUUUCUGUUGCGCCUGUCGCCACCAAGCAAAACUGCAGAACUAUGAAGCAAGAACAAAUGAGGCUUCAUUGCAGCAGCUUCAUAUACAUGACCAGAUCAAAGAACAUCAAUACAGAUAUAUAUAUAUAUAUAUAUAUAUAUAUAUAUAUAACAAGUAGAUACCAUAUAUAAUAUAAGAGUGGCAUUGUUAUAUUUAGUUUUAAGUUAUAUAUUAAGUUUGUGUCUUAAUUCUUUAAGUAUGGUAUUAUACUGAAGAUUAACUGGUGUAA